AUGUCUCACAUACCAUUACCCAAUCAACACGUCCCUCCACAACAAGCAGCACAACCGCCACCUCCGCCUGUCAACCAGCCUCGCUCAACCGCUAGCUCCAUACCUGCCAUAUCGUACACCCCAACGGAUAUAACCAUUCCUCCGUCACUAUACGACAAAAUCCCCAACCUCAAGGACUACAAAGCAUUGAAAGAAGCUGAAAGGAGAGUGGACUUACUCAUUGCAAGAAAAGCGCUUGAUUUCCAAGCAAUACAGCAAAAGUCAAUCCAUCCGUUUGAAUAUAAACCAAGCACUGGUAUAUUGAGAGUAUUCAUAUACAACACAUGUGAACACCAGCCUUGGCAAAAACAGCUAUUACAACAGCAGGGGAAGGAAGUACCUGAAAAUACUACCCCAACUUGGACUUUGCGUGUUGAAGGAAAAUUUAUCAAUGAUGAUAAAUCUGCACAGGAGGAGACCAGCAAUUUGAAAUUUAGUGCAUUUUUAUCAGGUAUAUCUGUGGAUGUUUUAGAAAACGAACAUUACCCCAGCCUUCAAGAACAAAACAACAAUAUUAUAGAAUGGAGAGACGAUGCAUCAAAUAACGUUGGUAGAGAUCCUGCUGCAACUGUUGGCUUUGAUGGGAUGGAUAUCAAGAGAGAGGGCAAGUACAACCUCACGGUAAAGAUAGCAUUGAUGGUGAAGAGUUUCACUUCCAAAUUGAAUGUAAGUGAAGCCAUGGCUGAGUUUAUGGGCAAACUUGAAUGCACCCAGCAGGAGGUGAUGUACACAAUUUGGCAAUAUGUGUUGAACAAGAAACUUUUUGUUAAAACUGCCAAAUACAACCAUGUUUCAGCUAUUGAAGGGUUGGGGGACAUAAACCCCGGUGCUGAUAAGGACCGUAGUGCCUAUGACGAUCUCACUUUGGCUGAAGCGGACGAAGUUUUGCGAGAGUUGUUGAAGGUGAAUGAAUUCAAAUUCUCCGACUUGUACGGAUUGAUACAACAACACUUUAAUCCAAGAGAGCCAAUAAUUGUCGAUUAUGAAGUAGACACAAGAAGGUCUACAACUUUGGGCGAUGUGGUUUUGGAUAUUCCUACUGAGUUGCCUGUCAAUAUAGCCAGAGCGCAACGUGAAUUGUUGGAAUUGAACAAGUCUGCUCUUGAAAACUUGUCUCAUCAUGAUUCAAUGAUUGAAAAAUUGAACCAAAAAAUCUCAUUGGCUAUCAUUGAAUUGAGAAAUGCCAACUCAAGACAAACAUUUUAUAGUGAGUUGAGUAAAGAUCCGGUCAAGUUUAUUGAACAUUGGUUGACUAGUCAGGCAGAAACCCUUAAAGCAUUGAAAAGCGAUGAAGGAUAUGAUGAGGAAAUCGUUAGAAGGGCUAAGUACUUUGAAGACAACGAAGGCUUGAUCAAGGAAAAAAUUGAUCUUUUGUUUGGAUCAAGUAGGUAUUAG